AGGCCGCCGUAAUCCCCCGAAGCGGCGCGCACAGCGUUCCCAGUAUCCACAUCCUCCCUUCGCCGGGAGUCGCAGCCUCUGAGGCCGCGGACAUGGCCGAGCGCAGAGCCUUCGCCCAGAAGAUCAGCAGGACCGUGGCCGCCGAGGUGCGCAAACAAAUCUCAGGACAAUAUGGGUCGCCACAGCUCCACAAAAACGUUAGCGUCGGCGGUGGGUCGUCGCACCACGCCUCGGUGCCUCUUACUGACGUGGUGGACCCGGUGGAUUACGAGGAAUAUCUCAUCAGUCAUCCGGUGGCCGUUGACUCGGGUCCUCUAAGAGACCUGUACGAGUUCCCCGCCGACGAUGUAGAGGUCGUGUACACUCCGAGGGAAUGUCGGACAGUGGUCUCAUCCGUGCCAGAAGAGAGUGAAAUGGACUCUCAUGUCAAAGAUUGUAUACGAAGUUACACAGAGGACUGGGCCGUAGUCAAUCGCAAAUACCAGAAACUAGGGACCGGCUUUAAUCCCAACACCCUGGACAAGCAGAAGGACAGACAGAAGGGGUUACCCAAGCAGGUCUUCGAGUCUGACGAAGGCCAGGAGAGCAGUAGCUAUCAGGACGAACAGGAUGACCUAAAGAGACGAUCGAUGUCCAUUGAUGAUACGCCACGAGGAAGUUGGGCUUGCAGCAUCUUUGACCUCAAAAACUCCCUCCCCGACGCCCUGCUUUCAAACCUCCUGGACCGGACGCCCAACGAGGAGAUAGACCACCAAAACGAACACCAAAGAAAGUCGAGCCGGCACAGAGAAGUCUUUGCACUGCACCCAGCUCAGGACGAGGAUGAGCCCAUUGAGCGCCUCGGCGUGCCCGAAGUACCGAAGGAACAUUUUGGGCAGCGGCUGCUAGUGAAAUGCUUGUCUCUCAAAUUCGAAAUAGAAAUUGAACCAAUAUUUGCGAGUUUGGCUUUAUAUGAUGCCAAGGAAAAGAAAAAGAUUUCAGAAAACUUCUACUUUGAUCUGAACUCGGAGCAGAUAAAAGGAAUGCUGCAUCCUUACGUCACCUCGGCGGCGAUCAGCACGCUGGCCAGAUCCGCCAUAUUCUCAAUCACGUAUCCUUCCCAAGACGUCUUCCUGGUGAUUAAACUGGAAAAGGUUCUGCAGCAGGGCGACAUCGGGGAGUGCGCAGAACCCUACAUGAUCUAUAAGGAGGCGGAUACAGCAAAAAACAAGGAGAAGUUGGAAAAGCUGCGCAGCCAAGGAGAGCAGUUCUGCCAGAGGCUGGGGAGGUAUCGCAUGCCCUUUGCAUGGACUGCAAUUCAUCUGAUGAACAUCGUGAGCAGCGCCGGAAGCCUGGAGCGGGAUUCCAACGAGUUAGAAAUAGGACCUGGAGAACGCAAAGGCUCGUGGUCAGAACGGAGAAAUUCCAGCAUUGUUGGCCGGAGAUCCCUAGAACGCACCACUAGCGGCGACGAAUCUUGCAACCUGACCACCUUCCGGCCAGCCACGCUCACCGUCACCAACUUCUUCAAACAGGAAGGUGAUCGGUUAAGUGACGAGGAUUUGUACAAGUUCUUGGCUGACAUGAGGAGACCAUCUUCUGUUCUAAGAAGACUGCGACCAAUCACUGCUCAGCUGAAGAUUGACAUCUCUCCAGCCCCAGAGAGUCCGAGCUAUUGCCUGACACCUGAAUUAUUACAAGUCAAACCUUAUCCUGACACCCGAGUGAGGCCAACAAGGGGGAUCUUGGAAUUUCCAGCAAGAGACGUCUAUGUCCCAAACACAACAUACAGGAAUAUUCUAUAUGUAUAUCCACAAAGCCUUAAUUUUGCAAAUCGUCAAGGAUCGGCGAGGAAUAUAACGGUGAAAGUGCAGUUCAUGAGCGGAGAAGACCCCAGCAACGCCAUGCCGGUUAUCUUUGGAAAGUCAAGUUGUCCAGAAUUUUCUAAAGAAGCUUAUACCGCCGUUGUCUACCACAACAGGUCCCCAGAUUUCCAUGAAGAAAUCAAGAUUAAGUUGCCGGCCACGUUGACGGAUCAUCACCACCUGCUGUUUACCUUCUAUCACGUCAGCUGCCAGCAGAAGCAGAAUACCCCCCUGGAGACCCCAGUGGGAUACACAUGGAUACCAAUGCUUCAGAAUGGCCGCCUGAAAACUGGACAGUUCUGUCUUCCUGUGUCCCUAGAGAAACCUCCGCAGGCUUACUCAGUGCUGUCCCCGGAGGUUCCGCUGCCUGGCAUGAAAUGGGUUGAUAAUCACAAGGGGGUCUUCAAUGUUGAGGUGGACUCGGUAUCUACUAUUCACACGCAAGAUUCAUACCUGGACAAGUUCUUCGCUCUUGUCCACGCUUUGGAUGAGCACCUAUUCCCUGUCCGAAUCGGAGACAUGAGAAUAAUGGAAAACAACUUGGAAAGCGAGCUGAAGAGCAGCAUCCUGGCCCUAAACUCGGCUCAGCUGGAACCGGUGGUGCGGUUCCUCCACCUCCUGCUGGAUAAACUGAUUCUUCUUGUCGUGAGGCCGCCUGUCAUCGCCGGUCAGAUCGUUAACUUAGGACAAGCGUCAUUUGAGGCGAUGGCUUCCAUCACGAAUAGACUCCAUAAAAACCUGGAAGGGAACCAGGACUUACACGGCAGGAAUAACCUUCUGGCUUCAUACAUCUACUAUGUGUUCAGGCUUCCAAACACCGAUCCCAGUUCUCCAUCUCCAGGGCCUGGAGGUCUAGGUGCAUCAAUGCACUAUGCCACAAUGGCCAGGUCGGCAAACAGACCAGCGAGCCUUAAUUUAAACCGCUCCAGAAGCCUUAGCAACAGCAAUCCUGAUAUUUCCGGGACGCCAACCUCACCAGACGAUGAAGUGAGAUCGAUAAUUGGCAGCAAGGGCUUGGAUCGCUCCAACUCUUGGGUCAACACGGGGGGUCCCAAGGCUGCCCAGUGGGUGACUAACCCCAGCCCCAGUGCUGACUCAGUGCAGGCUAUGGAUCGGGGGAACCGCAUGUCCUCUCACGCUGAGACCUCAAGUUUCUUACAAACCUUAACCGGACGAUUGCCAACUAAAAAGCUCUUCCAUGAGGAGCUGGCCUUGCAGUGGGUGGUGUGUAGCGGCAUCGUGCGGGAGGCAACCCUUCAUCAAGCCUGGUUCUUCUUUGAGCUGAUGGUGAAAAGCAUGGUGCAUCAUUUAUACUUUGCCGACAAGAUGGAUUCCCCUCGGAAGCACCGAUUUCCUGAGCGGUUCAUGGAUGAUAUCACAGCUCUAGUUAGCACGAUGGCCAAUGACAUUGUCACUAGAUUUCAGAAGGACACUGAGAUGGUGGAGAGGCUCAAUGUCAGCCUGGCCUUCUUCCUCAAUGACCUGUUGUCUGUCAUGGACAGGGGGUUUGUCUUCAGCCUGGUGAAGGCCUAUUUCAAACAGGUGUCCUCAAAGCUGCACCUGUUACCCAAUCCGAGCACGCUGGUGUCGCUGCGGCUGGAUUUCCUGCGCAUUAUCUGCAGUCACGAGCAUUACGUCACAUUAAAUCUCCCCUGCAGCCUGCUGACCCCGCCGUCCUCUCCUUCUCCGUCAGUGUCUUCUGCAACGUCCCAGAGUUCUGGCUUCUCCACCAACAUCCAGGACCAGAAGAUUGCAAAUAUGUUUGAACUGUCUGUGCCGUUCCGCCAGCAGCAUUACUUGGCAGGGCUGGUGCUGGCUGAGUUGGCUGUCAUCUUGGAUCCGGAUGCAGAGGGGCUGUUUGGAUUGCAUAAGAAGGUGAUCAAUAUGGUACACAACUUGCUAUCUACCCACGAUUCCGAUCCUCGCUACGCUGAUCCAGAGGUAAAAGCCCGCGUGGCCAUGCUGUACCUGCCUUUGAUUGGCAUCGUCAUGGAGACCGUCCCCCAGCUGUAUGAUUUUACAGAAUCCCUCAACCAGCGAGGAAGACCUAAUUGCGCAGCAGCGGAUGAUCAUGACGGUGAUGGCGGAAAUAUGAUCAGUCAGACAGUCGCCAUGGCGAUCGCUGGGACGUCCGUUCCGCAGCUUACAAGGCCAAGCAGCAUUUUACUGACUACACAACCUUCUCGGAUGCAUUCAACAUUUUCAGCCGAGUCCAGCCGCAGCCUGUUGAUCUGUCUCCUCUGGGUGCUGAAGAACGCUGAUGAAAUUGUCCUGCAGAAAUGGUUCACUGACCUGUCCAUCCUACAGCUGAAUCGCCUGCUGGACCUUCUCUACCUCUGCGUCUCCUGCUUUGAGUAUAAAGGCAAGAAAGUUUUCGAGCGGAUGAACAGCUUGACGUUCAAGAAAUCCAAAGACAUGAGGGCCAAACUGGAGGAAGCCAUCCUUGGGAGUAUUGGAGCCAGGCAGGAGAUGGUCAGAAGAAGUAGAGGUCAGCUUGAGAGAAGCCCGUCUGGAAGUGCUUUCGGCAGCCAGGAAAACCUGCGCUGGAGGAAGGAGAUGACGCACUGGAGGCAGAACACAGAUAAGAUGGACAAAAGCCAAAAACCCUCCAGGUCCAGAGCAGAGCUAGACCAUGAGGCACUGAUAGAUGGAAAUCUUGCCACCGAGGCCAAUCUGAUCAUACUGGAUACUCUGGAGAUUGUAGUUCAGACUGUGUCGCUAACGGAGUCCAAGGAGAGUAUCCUGGGUGGGGUGUUGAAGACGCUCUUACAUAGCAUGGCCUGCAACCAGAGCGCCCUCUACCUGCAGCACUGCUUUGCAACACAGAGAGCAUUGGUCUCCAAGUUCCCUGAGCUGCUGUUUGAAGAGGAGACGGAGCAGUGCGCUGACCUGUGCCUCCGGCUGCUCAGACAUUGCAGCAGCAGUAUCGGCACCAUCCGAUCCCACGCCAGCGCCUCCCUAUACCUACUCAUGAGGCAGAACUUUGAAAUCGGCAAUAAUUUUGCGCGGGUCAAGAUGCAGGUCACCAUGUCACUCUCUUCUCUGGUGGGAACAUCUCAAAAUUUCAAUGAGGAGUUUUUGAGGCGCUCCCUGAAGACCAUAUUAACCUACGCCGAGGAAGAUGUGGAACUGCGAGAGACCACGUUCCCCGAUCAGGUCCAGGAUCUUGUGUUUAAUCUCCACAUGAUCCUUUCAGACACGGUAAAAAUGAAAGAACACCAGGAAGACCCUGAGAUGCUGAUCGACCUAAUGUACAGAAUUGCAAAAGGCUACCAGACAUCACCUGACCUGCGAUUAACGUGGCUGCAAAACAUGGCUGGAAAGCACUGUGAAAGGAGCAACCAUGCCGAAUCGGCGCAGUGCCUGGUGCACUCCGCGGCACUGGUGGCUGAGUAUCUCAGCAUGCUGGAGGACCGGAAGUAUCUCCCGGUGGGCUGUGUCACAUUCCAGAACAUUUCCUCCAACGUCCUGGAGGAGUCAGCAGUUUCGGACGAUGUGGUGUCGCCGGAUGAAGAAGGCAUUUGCUCAGGGAAGUAUUUUACAGAGGCCGGACUGGUGGGACUUCUAGAACAGGCGGCAGCGUCCUUCUCAAUGGCCGGAAUGUACGAGGCGGUGAAUGACGUCUACAAGGUUCUUAUUCCUAUACACGAAGCCAACCGAGAUGCGAAGAAGCUGUGCACAAUUCACGGUAAACUGCAGGACGCGUUCAGCAAGAUUGUCCACCAGAGUACUGGCUGGGAGCGGAUGUUUGGGACCUAUUUCCGUGUUGGUUUUUAUGGAACCAAAUUCGGAGACUUAGACGAACAGGAGUUUGUGUACAAGGAACCGGCCAUUACGAAACUGGCAGAGAUAUCGCACCGUUUGCAGGGAUUUUAUGGCGAGAGAUUUGGGGAAGAUGUUUUAGAAGUUAUUAAGGAUUCCAACCCAGUCGAUAAAUGCAAAUUAGAUUCUAACAAGGCUUUCAUCCAGAUAACCUACGUGGAGCCGUACUUUGACACCUACGAAAUGAAGGACAGGAUCACCUACUUUGAUAAGAACUACAACCUGCGGCGGUUCAUGUACUGCACCCCGUUCACUCUGGAUGGACGUGCACACGGGGAGCUACACGAACAGUUUAAGCGAAAGACCAUCCUGACCACAUCACACGCUUUCCCGUACAUCAAGACACGUAUAAACGUCAUCCACAAGGAGGAGGUCAUUCUGACACCCAUUGAAGUUGCCAUUGAGGACAUGCAGAAAAAGACUCAGGAAUUAGCGUUUGCCACCCACCAAGAUCCAGCUGACCCUAAAAUGCUGCAGAUGGUUCUACAGGGUUCGGUGGGGACAACGGUGAAUCAGGGACCCCUGGAGGUUGCUCAGGUGUUUUUAUCGGAGAUUCCGAAUGACCCAAAAUUGUUCCGGCACCAUAACAAACUGAGGCUUUGUUUCAAAGACUUCACAAAAAGGUGCGAGGACGCACUGCGUAAAAAUAAGAGUCUCAUUGGACCAGAUCAGAAGGAAUAUCAGCGGGAACUGGAGCGCAACUACCACCGCCUGAAGGAGGCGCUGCAGCCGCUCAUCAACAGGAAGAUCCCGCAGUUGUACAAGACUGUCAUUCCCGUCGCGUGUCACAGGGAUUCGUUCAGCAGAAUGAGUCUACGGAAAAUUGACCUGUGAAAAAAAGGAUCGCUAUGGAACCACUAACUGGCGGAAAACAAGGUGAGCAGGGCGCAAGAGCCGCUUUCACGCUACGAUAACCAGCCUAUGUUCUGGCCAAAGCGGACACUGGUAAAACGCAAUGGGGCUACAAUGUGACCAAAAUGGCUUUUGGGAGAGCAGACUGUUACUGGAUGGAACCGCUAUUGCAACAUUUUGUUUCUUUGUAUCUCAUCAUUUCAGUUUUGUUUCCUGUGGCACGAAGGUAAAAGAAACCCUUUUAUCACUAUUUAUGCAAUAUGCGAUGUUACAUUGUAUUACUUUGUAUUUAGUUUAUAUUAAUUUAUAUACCAUGUAAAAUGUCAUUUUUAACUGUUUUUUUUAAAAAGGUACUGUUUUAUUUGUGCGUUCUCACCAAAUAUUGUGUGACCUACAAGUGUGUUUUUAAGUCACAAACUUGACCACAACAUUAAGGUUUUUACUCUGGUACGUGGGAAAAACACGACUGUGCCCAAUGCGAACUACAAGUGUCAUCAUCCCCGGCCACCGCUGUCUGAGGACGAUGCGAAUUUCAAAAACACUCACUACCCGCUUCUAUCUUUUAAACACUAAUCACAACUCUAGAAAGUGACCGCGGACUCUGUAUAUUACCAGUAACAAUAGGGAUCAAAGAUCCGGUCUAGAGUGCAACUCCCUGCAUGAAAACCUCAAAAGUGGGAACAAGCUCUACAGCGUCUCCUCCUUAUAAUACAGGAGUGGGUGUUUGUAAAGGUAGCGUAGACACGUUAUGAGGUACGUGCUCCAAGUUUAGGGGGGCUAUAUUGUCUUAAAUUAAUUUUAGUGGCCAAAUCGUUCAUUUCGGUACCGACCUACGCUUAUUUCCACUAUGAACUUUUGUUACGUGGGACAUCUAGAUAUAGACGCUGUUUUUUUGCCAUUAGAAUAGUUCUUUGGAGAAAAAAAAGACAAAAUAAUAUUAAUUAUUUCUGCAAAAGAGGCAAUUGUAUAUUUUCUUAUUCGCAAUAUGACCUUUUGUGUCACGUUCCCCCCUUCCCUCCCAUGGGAACUAUGCAGGUAUUUUAUUCUGGGAUUCCACGCAAACGGUGCAACUUAUUGACAACUUCUGUCCGAAAUCGCGACACAUGGAUAUUUUCUAUCUAGCACAAGCUUAGGUUUCAAGGCACACGACUCUUUGUAUUUCCCUUUAAACAUUGUUUUGUUUACACACGAUGCGUUUCGUUUCCAGCUACGCUCGCUGGGAGACAUGGAAACUAUUCAAUUGUCAAAAUAAUUACGAAUGGGUUAAUAAAUGGUCAUUAUUUAUUGGUCUACAGGCUUUGUGCUUUAAUUAUAUUCCCUGUAUAUUUUGUAUUGUAUAAUUUCGACCUAUUAAACGAUGAAAUAUUU